CUCUAACCUUGCACUUGCUCUUGACAUUGAGUACACAACUGUACAUACGGUACAUGCAGAUCUGAGUCUCAGUGAACGUUAAUGGGAGACGCAAAUUCAAAGCCUACAGAGGAGCCGACUGCUCCACAUGCACAAUCGUCUAUACUGGACACUUUCUUCAAAGGCCAAAGCGAAUGCCGUUUCAAGAGAGGCGACCAUAUUCGUCGACCUAUUCGAGAUAGUACCCUACAUCACCACGGAAUUUGCGUUAGUCAAAAUGACGUUAUCAGCUUCUAUAACGAGUCUCAAAUCAUCAAAGAAACCAUCAAAGAAUUUUCUCAAGGAGAAAAUAUUGAAUUGGUCUACCGACCCAGCGAAGACGAACUUGAAGAAAUCGCUUCACGAGCCGAAGCUUAUCUUAACUCACAAGACUUUGGAACUUACAAUGUUGUGCUAAACAACUGUGAACAUUUUGCUAGCGUUUGUUUAAAAGGUGAAGCUCACAAGUCAUCACAACAAGUUCAAAGAGUUGCACGGACAACUGCAAUUGGUGCUGUUACUGGAGGUAUUGCAGCGGGACCAAUAGGAGCGAUCAUGGGGGCAGCGGAAGCCUUUCGUAAAGACGUCAAAGGCGAAUAGAAAUUCCUCUGUUGUAGUCUCUUUAGAUAAACUGUUGAACUAAGUUGUGUAUGUACGUGAUCACUAAAUUAUUGUACGUGUAUGUACACUCAAACGGGUGCAUUAAUUAAAU